AUCAUCAGCCAUCAUCAUCACUCAAGAGUCAUCAUGAAGCUGAUGGUGCUAAUAUUGAGUUCACUGGGCAUAGUUACUGCGCAGAGGGGAGGUCAGUACAGCAGCCUGCAGACAGUUCCCAUCAUCCAAUACAACAAUGAAGUCAAUUAUGACGGCACCUACAGAUACAAUUACGAGACAGGAAACGGCAUUGUGGCGCAAGAGCAGGGUUAUCUGAAGAAUGCCGGACAGAAGGACUUGGAGGCACAGGUUGCUACAGGAUCCUUCUCGUACACAGGGCCUGACGGUGUCCUCUACACUGUAACAUACACAGCCGAUGAAAAUGGAUUCCGUGCUGAGGGCGCACACCUGCCGACACCCCCACCAAUUCCAGAAGCCAUCGCCCGCGCUCUGAACCUACAGCAGCAACCUCAGCGCCCCGGCCCUACCAGGUACUAUAGGAAAUAAGAUCCAUCACUUCUGCUUGACAUGGACAUGAACAGUAACGUCGCCUGUGAGAUUUAGCAACGUCGCAUGUUGUAAAGCUUUGAUAUCUUUACUUUGGUAGAUCUUAGUAAGAAAACACUUUAAUGAGAUUUCAGGUUUCCACAGUGGUUAGUAUUAAGAUCACGGUCAUAUACGUUUCGGUGACGCGCAGUUUUAAUAGCCAUGUACUACCCUGAAGAUGGAGGCAUCAGGUUACUUCGAAAUUUACCAAACUGCACAACUCUACAUUCCAGGAGAUUUCAAUCUUGAAGAAAAAUUAUGUGGGCCUCUACAAAAAUAUUACAUCAUCACCGUGUCAGGGAGAAAUUUCGUGUUUACAUUUUCAAAAUUUCACGAAAUUUCAAUUUCUUGGCCUUGUGACACACAUCAUUAACACGUGUGUGCGUUAUGACUAUAGUCAAAGAUCUACAUUACGGAUGCAAUUAAAACUUCUGUAAUUAAGUUGAAAUUUAAUGUCUUCUGGAAUGUGACGACGGGUAGUAUUAUAGAUAUUUACAAAUGUUUCGUAGAAACCUGCUGACUCCAUCUUCAGAGUAUAAAUCUCUUCUAAAUGAAUACUGAGACAGAAGAUUUUUCUUAUGAAUAGUUGGAAAAUAAUUACCAGUCUAAUUGCGCCAAUCCCCAAACAGUAAUCUUCACUGAAAUCAUCGUUAGGGACUCAAAACUCAUAAUAAAACAAGGUAUUUAAUUUUUUCCCUUAUGAUAGUGUUAAGUAGCCAUAAGGUGAGGAUGUGUGUACAUAACUUUGGUGAUAACUUUCUUCAUAAAAUAUGCAAUUUACUUAAGCACUAUUUAAGAGUAUAUGGGUAAUUUACGAGAAUAUACAUUACAUUGUGUUCUGUAUAAUUAGAUCUAGCUAUGAAUAUUAGCUGUCAGUUUUUGUAUCACUGAGCUGUGUUACUUUCUGCUCGUAGUCAUGCUAAUAGUUCUCAUUUUGAAUGUUGGUCUUCCG